AAAGGGAAAGCUCGGGGAAGCAGGUGUGGUUGAUGUUGGUCUCAGGGGUUCCUGCGGGCGGCUUGUUGGAGCACAGGCUCUGGGAGUGCGUGAGAUGCUGCGUCUCCUGCUGAACUGGGUCAUUCUCCUCCUGCUGGGGGCGAGCCCGCGCGCCGCCUGCGGCUCCUCACUGGAGGUGUCAGUCAGAGCUGAUAGAGCCGUCAGGAACCUCACCCACUUCUGGAGGAGCACUGGAUUCUGCCCCCCUCAGCCCCAUGCAGACUCCCCCCACUAUGACCUCAGUAAGGACCAGCGGCUGAACCUGGCCCUGAUCGGCUCCACCCCUCACUCUGGACUGCAGCAGGUGCGGAUACACUGGAUGCUGGAGCUCGUAUCAGCACGGAUAGUUAAUGGAGAAUUUCACUAUAACUUUACUUACCUGGACCAGCUGAUUGACCUUCUGUACCAGAAUGGACUCAAGCCUGGUUUUGAAUUGAUGGGUAGCGUCCAGAACACAUUCAGUGACUUUGAGGAUAAAAGUCAGGUGGUGGAGUGGAGACGGCUGGUGUACCUCAUCGCUAACAGAUACGCAGAGAAGUACGGCCUCGGCUUCGUUUCCCAGUGGAACUUUGAGACGUGGAAUGAGCCGAACAAUCACGACUUUGACAACGUCACCAUAACGAUCCAAGGUUUUCUGAACUACUAUGAUGCAUGUUCUGAGGGUCUGCGAGCGGUCAGUCCUUUAUUAAAGUUCGGGGGUCCAGGGGAUUCCUGCCAUGACCCCCCACACUCCCCGUACUGCUGGGCCUUACUGGAGCACUGCUCCAACGGCAGCAACUUCUUCACCGGAGAGAGAGGAGUCCGGCUGGACUACAUCGCCCUGCACAAGAAGGGUGGAAACAACACGUUGCCGAUCCUGCAGCAGGAAGUGGCCACAGUGCAGGAGAUCCAGCGCCGGUUUCCUCUUUUCCGCACUCUCCCCAUUUAUAACGACGAGGCUGAUCCGCUGGUGGGCUGGAACAGACCCCUCACCUGGAGGGCCGACGUCACCUACGCAGCCAUGGUGGUCAAGGUAAUCUCUCAGCAUCAGGCCCUGCUCAUUGCCAAUGAGAGUAACAGUAUUAAUUACUCAUUGCUUAGCAACGACAAUGCCUUCCUGAGUUACUACCCCCACCAGUUUACCCAGCGCACCCUUACCGCCCGUUUCCAGGUCAACAACACCCACCCACCCCACGUCCAGCUUCUACGGAAACCCGUCCUCACAGUCAUGGGCCUGCUGUCCCUGUUAGGUGAGCAGCAGGUGGAGGCCCAGGUGUCUGGAGGUUCUCAGGUGGACAGUUCAGUUGGUGUGCUGGCCAGCGUCCACCUGCCCAGGAUUCCACACACAGCAGACAGCUGGCAAAGCACAGUGCUUCUGUACAACAGCAGAGACAACCUGACCUCCAACAGCUCUGACAUCGUCACCCUGCGCCUCACUGGAGCUCCAGCACACAGCGGUUUGAUGUACGUCACUCACUACAUGGACAAUAAUGUGACCAACCCCUAUGAGCUGUGGAGACAGAUGGGCAGUCCAGAUUACCCUACAGUCCAGCAGUUUACACAGCUCAGGAGCCAAGAGGACGCUGAGAGGGAGGGGCCCGUCCCGUUUCCGGCUCAGGGGGCUUUAACUCUGACAGUAAAACUGCCCGUUCCAUCCGUCCUGCUCAUCCAUGUGUGUGCCCGCUCCACUGUCGCACCUGGCCAGGUGAACGGCCUGCGCUUCGUCCCCGUCACCACAGGCCAGGUCCUCGUCGUCUGGAGGGAUCAGUGCGUCGGCACAAAGUGUAUAAAGACGUAUGAAGUGGAGUUUUCCAAAGACGGGUCGACGUUCCACAGGAUCAACUUCCGAGACACCAUUUUCACUUCGCACACAUUCUCACCAGAGAGCGGGGAGGUGUGCGGGCUCUACAGAGUGAGGGCGGUGGAUUAUUGGGACAGAGCCGGGGAAUAUUCCCUUACUGAGAAAUACGCUGAGCUCUGCUGACGGACGCAUCUGACCAGCACCCGGCGUCGACGGAACCAGCGUGAUUAGUUUGAUGGAGAAUGGAGAACCAGCUCUACGGGAGGCCACACGUUUACGAAUCAGCAGCAGAAAUCACAAACAAACUUCAUUCAGCGCCUUUAAAUACAGAGAGCGUCCACCGUACAGUAACAGCAGGUGCCUAAACCACAUGACUGAUAAAUGUAGUAGAAACGCCUCGAGCGCCAACGAUGAUUCUGUGUAAAUGAACGACUCAUGAAUUUGCAGUGUUUGUUCUUCUGUUUGUUCAUCAAGAAACGUUUUCAGGCUACUUUUCUCAGCUGGAGUAACGAUACUAGUCAGCAGAUGGUGUUAGUUAGCCACCAGUGUGGGCUAGUUAUGUUUUGAAGAAAAUGCACGGAUUUCUAACUUCAUACGUACAGACAGGAUAAUUUGGCUUUGUAGCACCAACGUUGGUGAUCUGGCUUCCUUCUGCAUUAGCCAGCCAAAAAAACCCAAACACAUUCCAUACAGUCCUCAUGUUCUUCCACAUGGAUCCUGAAGGUGGGAGGAACAUCAUCAGAAGGGGUUUUUCCUACUUGCUGAAUCAGCAUCGACCCAGGUGUCCUGCAUUGUGGGAAACUGGAGGAAUAAGUGAAAAAUGACCACCGUGUCCAGACAUGGUUUUAAGCCCCCAGUCACAUCACAUUGCUACAAUUUUUCGCUCUCCUGUUUGUGAGUUUGCCUAAAACUGCACUUUAUACCACCAAACUAGAAGCAGCAAUAACCACACGGCUGAUGAGACUCGGUGGGUGAAGGAGAUUUAUUUAUAAAUACUCAUCAUAAACCAUGUCCUGAGCCAAUGCUUCACACCUCACGACAGCCGAGUGAACUGAAAGAACAUCAACGUUAACAGCCUUUUUUACAGAACGCACUAAAGAGCUUCUCAAUCCAA